AUGUGUUUUAUAUAUGAAAAAAAAUAGAUAAAAAUAAAUCCAUCAAACGUGGUUGGAUCAUCAACAAUCGAUCCAUUCGUUUCAAGUGAUCUUUGUUUAUUUGUGUUUGUGUGUGUGUACAUCGGAAAGUGAUCACGUUUUUUUCUCUCUUUUCCUUUCAAAUGAUUGAAUAAUGUGCGGCAUAUUGUUCGUGAUCAAUGAAGGUUCUGAUCUAGAUCCAAAUAUAUUUAAUCGAUCAAAUAUACGCCGAUUUCUUCAACGUCGUGGUCCGGAUCAACAUCAAUCAUUUGAUUUUAUUCAUGAUCUGUUUCAAUUUCAUUUAGAAAGUUCCGUAUUGCAUUUACGUGGUCAAAGUAAUUCAGGUCGACAACCAUAUUGUGAUGAUAGUAAUAAUAAUAAUGAGAAUUAUAACGGUAAUUCGUCAUGUUUACAAUGGAAUGGCCAAAUAUUUCGUUUAAUUGAUGAUAAUAAUCAAUUCAAAACUAUUGAUGAUUCAAUAUCAGAUACGGAAGUAUUAUUUUCUAUGUUAACUAAAUUCAAUAAAAAUGUUGAUAAUGUUGUUCUGGAAACACUUUCAUCUAUUCAUGGUCCAUGGUCAAUGACUUUUUGGAAUCAAACAACCGAACAAUUAUGGGUGGCACGUGAUCCAGUUGGUAGACGUUCAUUAUGUUGGAAUAAAAAUCUGCGAGAUAAAUUUUUAAUAAUUACAUCGAUUGCUCAACUAUUCAAUAACGAUAAUGAUCUCAAUGCAAAUCAUUCCAUAUGGAAUACAUUGAACUUUGAAGAAAUUCCAUCUGAUCGAAUUUUUUGUUUUAAAAUAAGUAAAAACAAGUCAUUGGAACAAAUCUGGCAAGAUGUACGACAAUUUUAUUGGCCAAAAACUUUGGCUGGUUUCGACAUUAAUAUUGAUGGUCAUCAUCAUUACAUUCAUCGUAUGCCAAUUAUAUCGAUGUUAAAUACGGAAAUUCCUUCAGAAAGUAUUGAUCAAUUAUUGAAAUCAUCAAACCUGUUCAAUGAUGAAGGAUUUGUUAUCGAUAUGAAAAUAUGUGAUGAAUUUCAUCGUGUUCUAUCCGAAUCGAUAAAAACACGAUGUAGAAAUCAUCAAAAUCGUUGUAAAGAAUGUAUGCUACAUUCUAAUGAAAAUACUGAUUGUACACAUUCAACAUUAGCCAUUCUAUUUUCCGGUGGUUUAGAUUCAACUGUAUUGGCACGAAUAGCCGAUCAAUUUGUUGAACCUGAAAUACGACCUAUUGAUCUAUUAAAUGUAGCAUUUGAUCCUAAAGCAUCGGAUCGUAAAACUGGAAUCGAUGCCUGGAAUGAACUUUGUCAAUUAUGUCCUAAAAGACAAUGGAAUUUUGUUCAAAUUGAUAUCGAUCAUCAUGAAUUAGAAUUAUAUCGUAAAGAACAUAUACAUCAUUUGAUCGAUCCAAAUUGGACGGUCUUGGAUGAUUCAAUUGGUUCGGCAAUCUGGUUCGCUACACGUGGUCAAGGCAUUCUAUUAUCUAAUCCAAAUGAAAAGAAACAUGUAGAGUAUAAAAGUCCAGCACGUGUUGUCCUAUUGGGAAUGGGAUCCGAUGAACAACUUGGUGGCUAUUCACGGCAUCGUCAAGCAUUUCAAAAAGGAAACUGGACAUCAUUAUUACAUGAGAUACGUGUUGAUAUUGAAAGGAUUUCUGGCCGUAAUCUUGGCCGUGAUGAUCGUAUUACUGCUGAUCAUUCAAUUGAAGCAAGAUUUCCAUAUCUCGAUGAAUUAGUCAUGAAUUUUCUCAAUCCAUUACCAAUAUGGCAAAAAUGUAAUCUAUAUUUGGAACGUGGUCAUGGCGAAAAAUGGCUAUUACGAAAAGUUGCCCAAAAUUUAGGCUUACAAAAAUCGUGUCAAAAUCUAAAACGUGCCAUACAAUUUGGAUCAAAAAUAACAUCACAUCAGAAUGCUGGUUUAAAAGGUCAUAAUUCAUAUCAAAAAUAGAUUUUUUUUUAUUUGUUUUUUGUCCAGAAUAAUAUUUUCAUUCAUAUGAUUGUUGAUUUGUAUUUUUAUCAUCAUCAUCAUUAACUUUUUUAUAAUCAAUAGCAUUUCGUCUUUCCAAAUUUUCGUUAGAUAAAUUGAUAUCUCGAUUCUUCAA